GCUUUCAGCUCCGCCCCACCUGCCGUCAGAACUUUGGUGAGGGUUGGCCGGCCAGUGGCUCUGAAGUGAGUGAAAUAGGAUAAAUUCCUGGACUCGGAAGAAAGCAGAGGCAAGAAAUUGACUUAAAGAUGUUUAAGAAUAAUGUUACUGACCAUAAGCUGAACAUGGAAGCCAUAAUUAAAAACAUUAACACGAUUUCUUUGGAGUUGAAGAAGAUGCAAGAACUCUCCCAGUUGCUACUUUGUGACCUUACUUUACAUUUUAAUCAUCCUGUGAAGACAGAUGACUUAGAGGAAACAGAAGGAAGGCCCCUCCUCUUUGAUGAAUCUAAGAUAUCAGAUGUAUCCUUUGUUUCUAACAGUUUUUCUGUCUGAUUUCUUUUUGUUUGUUGUGUAUGUAUAACUGUAUUUAUGGUGGAAUUAACACAUAUCUGGGAGAAUGGAGUUUACUAAUAUAUUCAAUAUGAUAAAAAAGAAAAUAAAAAUAUGAGUUGUAAAUAAUCAUUUAAUAU